AUGCCCCAGAGGAAAUUGAAAGGGACAAGAUCUGCAUCCGCUUCUCCUGUCACAGCGGAUACUGCGGACGGCUGGGUGAUUGUGGGAGGCUCGGAAAAACUACUCCCAACACCGGCAGCGAGUGGGGACUUCAGCUCUGCACGGGAUACAAAAAUUCAAUGCGCGGAGGGAAAAAGAAUCCGUCUGCAAAGUACCGAACAGGCGGUCAACAAACCGAUAAACCGAACCGAUAAUUCCGCACAUGUUAGUUCUUUGCGAAAUUUGGAUGUGCGAUGGAACGAAGCCCACAGUACUUCAAGUCUUUUUAGUGAUGAACAUUCAGUGAACUGCGAUUUCUUGUUGCGUGACAGGACACGUUCGAGUACCACUGCCGCGGAGGAAAUACUUAGCCAACAGUUUGAAGACAAUGUCUACUUGUCGAUUCCAUCUCCGGUGCCCACCCCUGCCGCCCCAUCCAAGGGGGAAACACUUUCCCCCACAGCCGAUGCGAGGAACAGGAGUAAUGAUAACUCAACGUCUGUUGGCUCAUUUUUAACUUUUUUUUCCAAUAUUGGCAGGUGCAAUCUUGUGAAUAUCUGUUCUCCUAUGUGGAAAACAUAUUGGGGUGUUUUUUGCAGCACGAUACCCCUUAGUAAUGCUGCCGUAUAUUAUUGUGUAUUUGCUGCCGCAGCGGUUUUUGUGGUUCAGUUUGGAUCUUCCGUAACGCAGAGGGCAUCGGAGGAGAACGGUCGGUGCUCCCUUUUUGGACUUGCCUCGAGGGCAUCUCCGCUGGUGUGUGUGAUCAUGGUCGCCGUGGGCCCGCUGCUUUGUAUUGGCGUGAAGCUUUUUGAAGUGCUUUUUCCUGACGCUGAAGCAGCAGUGCCCCAGUCGAGUGAGGGGAGGAGCGAGGCGGUGGGACAGGAAAACGAAGAAGUAUUUUUGGUGCCAUUGAAAUUUGCCCUUUCGUCGUUCUUGACGUUUAUUCUCCUCACGGAGAAGAAUGGAGGCAGCAGCAACGUAAAGGGCGGGGUAUUUGAUGAUCACGAUGGCAGUAGCACAGUAGAUGACCAAAAAGAAAUUGCGGUAGACGGCAAGACAGACACGAAACCAGGCUCCGUGGAGAAGCACAUUCGUAUGAGUUCGCUGCUGUUGUUAGGCGUUGGCGGUGGCGCGUUAUCUCAGUACGUCAUCGUGUCCUGUUCCUGA